AUGGCAUCUCCAUCACCCCAGAGGACUGACCGCAUAGCGAAGGCGCGCAUUUGCAGCCAUUGCGGCCGUGCCUUUCGUCGUACAGAACAUUUGGAGCGUCAUGUUCGAACCCAUACGAAGGAGAAGCCAUUCAUCUGCUUUUGUGGGGCAGCUUUCACGAGGCGCGAUUUGUUGAAGCGUCACAAUCGCAUCUCGCAUGAGGAUGGCUUGACUUCUCCAGAUUCCCGACCACCAUCCGCGGUCAAGUCGACGCUUCAGGCCACCCCUCGCGUUGUUGCCCCUGCAGCUGCAGCCGGUUCGCCGCAAUAUGAUGCAGUGACCCGCUCCUCAGUCUCAAUAUCAGGCCCACCAACCUCACAUCAAUGGACGGGGUCUCAAAAUGCACCUCCUGCGUACUUGCCUCAGAAUCAAGUCGCAAAUGUGCUGGGGCCCGGGGUCACUGGUCUCAAUCCAAUGCCGCCUGGCCACCCGGCAAUGCAUGAUCCCGCUAUGCUGCAAGCUGCUCAACUGCUGAUUCCCGGUGACUAUCAGGCGACUACAAUACCUUAUCUCCCGGAGGAUCUCAAUCAUUUCCAAGAAUUCACUCAUUUCUUGGACUCGAUUGGAUUGCCAGCCGAGUGGCUCCCAAGCGAUGGUGAAACAAGUCAACUGCAAACCGAGACGGGGCUAGACGAAGUGCCCAAAGCCGUACACUCAUCCCAAGAUCAGCCUAAGACUCGGCGCGGCCCGAGAGACGAGUCCAGAGGGGACUCUCCUUUCCGUUCAUGGCUACCGUCAGUCCCUCGAGGUGACCAAAGUUUGGGAACUCUGUCUGAUUCAGAGCCACCCCAAACCCUCAAGUCUUCACGUUUCAACGUCUCUGAGGACCAACGCUUCAGACUCGCAGCAGCCCUAGAAGGCUUCCGAAAUGUUAUUCCUGAUUUCACCCUCCCAUCUCGGCACACUCUCACAAGAUACCUAACUUCCUAUUUUGAGGGCUUCCACCCUCACAUUCCUUUCAUUCAUGUUCCAACGUUUCGCUUCAAUGAAUGCUCCGCAGAAAUGAUUCUUGCAAUGAUGACCAUUGGUGCUCAAUAUCGAUUCGAGCAUCGAAAUGCGGAAAAACUUUUUCAUGCUUCCAAGACCGUGCUAUACGAGCGGAUGUCCCGAGAUGCCCGUGCCGGGGGGUAUGCAGCGCCUCUGAGUAACUCGCAAUACUCCGUGGAUGCUCAAGGGCCAGUCGGGACAUCGAUCAACCGAUCGAGACAAAUGGAAGUCAUUCGAUGUCUUCUCUUGCUGAUGAGUUAUGCCACCUGGGAACGAGCUGGACUUGUCCAGGAGGCAUUUCAAAUACAGGGACAACUGGUCCAACACAUUCGAGAAGCGGGUUUGACUGAGCCUUACUCUGACCCUCGGACCAUGUCUGAUUGGUAUGAAUGGGCAGAGCUGGAGUCUGUGCGCAGGACAAAGCUCAUAUCAUUUUGCUUCAUUCACAUCCAUAGCAUUGCUUACAAUGUCUAUCCAUCACUAAGAAGUAGCGAGAUACACAUGCGUCUGCCCUGCUCGACAAAGGAAUGGACGGCAAACAAUGCUGUCGAAUGGGAAGCCGCCCAGCGCGAUCGUGGGCCCCAGCAAUUGUUCUUCCAAGAUGCGCUGACUCUUCUACUACAAAAGUCGCGAUCAGCGGUACCCUUGGAACCAAUACCUGCUCCACUGGGAAACUAUAUGCUUCUUCAUGGCUUGUUACAAAGAAUCCACAUAGUCAGCGAGUUGUCCUUGCCCAGCGGAAAUCAUACGACGACUCUCCCUACCGAAGAAUUGAAUAAAAUUGAGCGUGCUUUGCGCUCUUGGACGUCAGUAUGGCAACAGGCCCCGGAAUCAAGCUUGGACCCUCACAACGCCAAUGGACCCAUCCCAUUCACAUCGAGUGCCUUACUUGGGCUUGCAUAUGUACGCCUGUCAUUGAACCUGGGACCUUACCGUCUCCUCGAGACACGCGAGCCCGCCACCAUUGCAGCCGCUCUAUGUCGCUCUCCCAAGCCCGAAAGGAGCUAUCGUCUUAUCCCUGCCCUCAUCUACUCGGCUCACGCGCUCAGCAUACCGGUUCGUCUUGGCAUCGAUCACAUCGCUCGGAGCCAGGCCUUUUUCUGGAGUGUCAGGCAUUCUCUUGCGAGUCUUGAAUGCGCCGUUCUUUUGAGCAAGUGGUUAUUCACCCUUGCAGAGGCCGCGCCCGAUCAAGCUCCAAGUGAAAAUGAAAGCCGUAUCCUGCGAUGGACGCAGUGUAUAGUUGAAGAAGCAUUUUCCUCGGUUGAUCUCGAAGACGAGUCCGAAGCUCCACCAAAUCUCGAACCUGCUGCGCUUGGCAUGGCAGUGCUCAGACUGUGGGCGCGUUUGUUCAAACGAAACACUCAGUGGCCGUUUAUCAAUGUCCUGGGUCAAAGCUUGGAGCAGUACAUGGCAAUGAUAUGA